AAAAAUUCGUUUUCUAUUCAGUUUCUUACACCACGACAUCUCUGGACGUGUUCAACUAUGGAGGGCAAUCUUCCAAACCAGUCGUGGCCUUCGCCAUGGCAUCACAUCCUGCCGUCACCUUCGCAGCAGGGGACGGACAACAACCUCAACGCCCCUGCUGCUACCUCUACCGCCGCCGCCAACGACAACCCCCAUCACCGCCAGACGCCUAGGUCACACGCAGAACCGCUGGACCUGGACGCUUAUACCCCCGAAAGCCAGUCCUUCUGCUCGGCUACUACAGAGGCCAAUUCGGAGCGCAUGGCAGAAUACAUGGCGUCGCAACAACGUCGGCAUCCCUUCUCUCCCCUCCUCUCUAUACUGGCUCGAGUCGAUACUGACGAGAGGGACGUCGCAGAUGAAGUCAAUAAUACCUCACCCGAACAAACAAGCCCCCUCGUCCAUCUCCCUCCCGAACUCCUCGAAGGCAUCUUUGACCACCUCUCUGCCAUCGACCUGGUCGCUGUCUCGGCCACCUGCCGUCAUCUGCGCACCAUCGCCACGUCCGAGUUUCGCUGGCAAGGCCUCGUCCAGGAAAACGUGCCUGGCUACCGAGUAACCUCCUGCUACCCCUACACGUCGUUCCGCCAGCUCUACAAAGCCCACGACCCGCGCUGGUUCCUGCCCAAAUACAAGAUAUGGUUUGCCGACGACAGCCUCUACGGCCGUCUGAUCAUCGCCCGCUUCGACCAGCGCCGCGGCUGCAUCGAAGGCUACCAGCUCGUCGCCUCGGUGCCCAGCCACCUCUGGGACGACGAUCUACUGGUUAACGACCACCCGAUUCGCAAGCACGACUUCCGCGUGGGUCUACACCUGGAUCAUCCCGUCUUUCAUCUCGAUCCCGAAAACCAAUCGCCCGAAAGCGACAACGCCACGGUCCGAUCCUGGCAAGAACUCGAUUCCGAACGCUACAAAGACGACCCUAGCCGACCCAAACCACACUUCAAAGUCGAAGUCCGCGCCCAAGGCGGCUCCUCCCUGUCGGCCGGCUCCCGCAGCCGUUCCUUCCACACCAACUUCUUCCUCGCCAAAGCCCAACGUCUGCACAAUGUCAUCCACGACGCCCAAGAUCUCAUGGACGCCCACGACGUCCGCGACCUGCUCCAUGCUGACCUCAGCCGCUCCCUCUCUCCGCGGGACUACCUCAUGCGAAGCGCCAUUCCGGGCAUUGGAGGCGGCGACGGCCUGCGCAACGCUGCGCCCCACCACGGCAUGAUGACCAUUCUACGCGACAAAUACUGGCCGCCGCCCACGAUCGAGGCUCCUCAUAGAGUGGCUAACGUUGGGCCGGUGGGUGUGCACGGGGGUUAUAACGCCGAGGCCACGUCCAAGAUUCUGCAGAGCCCGCCUGCCACCCGGGCGGAGAUUAGCGACCAUGCGUUCCACUUGAGGAGGUGGGUGGAGUUUGGAAGGGUGAUGAGGGCGCAUAUUGGCGAAGAGCUGGUGACGUACUCGACGCUAGACGAGAAGUUGUAUACACCCACGCCCGAGAAGCCAUACAGGGGGAUCUUUGUGGGACAUUAUGGGCCGCAUGGGUGCGAGUUUAUUUUGAUGCAUCAGCCUGAUGAUGAUCCGAGCAUACAAGAUGCAGAGAUAGAAAGGCGGGAGAAUGAGACGGAUGAGGAGUUUCAAAAGAGGAAGCUAGAGUCCAAGGUUUAUAAGGGUGGGUUGGCGGGGAUCAAGCUUACUGGCGACCCGAAUGUGCCCAGGGGGGAGUAUACCUUUGUCGCAAAGGACAUUGGGGAGGAAGGGUUUGUCAAGGUUGCAGAUGAAGAGGAGUUUCGAGGGGCAAGGGUAGUCAAGGCCAAGGGCCAUGUGGCCGAACAUAACUUUCGGGAUGACGACUGGAUAGACUGCGACCUCUUUUUGGCCUCCCACAAUACGUUGGCCCUCCACUGGCACCGAUGGGAUAUGACGAGCGUUUUUGAGAGGGUCGAUAUUGACAAGUUCAUCGUUCCCGAGUGAGUAUGUUUUGCGUAACUACGUACCUUGCUGCUAGCGAUGAUUUUGUUUUGCAUUUCGAAGCCUGUUUUGUCUCGGUGUCACGGCACGGUAAUGACUUACGAGGCAAUGGUAGGUUGUUUGAUGGGCCAUGGUUCAUGUUGUGAAGUUGAGGAAUGUUCACAUGAGGGUUGGUCAUGAUUAUGAAGUGGGUUGCAGGGAAAAGCUACAGGACUGGCGACUUUGAAUAAAGGAUGUUUGUGGGACUACGACUGGAUGACCUGGGUACACAUUUGGACGGCGUUUGGGGGGGGGUCUUCCGGACCGCUGGGCAGUACUUUAGGAGUGUAUAUGGGUCAUACGGGGUAAGAAAGACAAAGCCCAAUACCUAGAACAACAGCAAAAAGCUACUACAUACGGUGCUG